AUCCACCGAGCGACCCUGCCCCUUUGGUGUUGAGCAGCAUGCUUCCACACAAGCACCAGGCGUGAAUGGCACAUACGAUGUGGCGGUACCGGCAGAAGCUGUGUUUGAGGAUGCGAGUUUUGCUGAAGGCUCUGCCGACGUCAGCGUGGCCUCAGACACCGAGGGCAGCCGGGGCGAUGCUUCAGAGUUGAAGAAAGACGACAAGAACCAUACUCGGACGAACUCGGUCAAGAAACCGCUCACAUUCAGCAAAGUAUCGGUCACGAAAAACUUUCUCGCCAAGUCGGCCACGGCCACUCCACCCCUGGUCAAGCCCGGCGAGAGGCCCAGUCCCGCAAGCACCCCUCUCUCGCUCUCAGCAGUGAAGCCGAGGUUGAUUGCAAAGACGGGAAUGUCACUACGUGAUGUGCAAAAGACGCGCUCUGCUGCAGACACUACAAGUGGGCCAGAUGCCAGCAAAGUCUGGAACAAAAACCAACCCGUCGCACCACCUCCGCCCAAGCAGUUCACGGACGAAGAGCUCAAGCAGCAGUAUGGCAUUCAUCUGGCCACGCGACUGCAGUCAGACGAAGAUGGGAAACAAUCCAAGUGGGCUGAUAUUGACGACGAUGAGGAGGACUGGGCACCGGAGCCUGUGGUCUGGAUGGAUGGCACCAAGUCAACUCUCAUGGCCAAUGAGGCAGCAGCAGCGGCAGCAGCGGCACCCCCUCCACCAGAACAACAGUCAACACCAGCUCCACCGACAAAGCCUGCCGAACCUGUCAGACCUACCUUGGUGAUGAGACGUCCUGCUGAGCCAGGCUCGACCAAGACGGUUCUCAAACCUGGAGCGAAUCUUGCUGCUACGCAAAGCCAGCAGGGCGAAGCUGGAGCAACUGCAUCAGCCAACAAAGUGCUCGUGGGAGCUUCCAAGAACUUGGGGGCACUGCCUGCCAAGUCACCAUGGGCCCCAUUGCCUCCAGUCGAGAAAGUUUCCCCAAUCAACCCUCCAGUGCAGCAGAGACAAGCACCGCUCCCGUUUGCUUCUCAAGACGCUCGCUCCUACGAACCCGCUCAGCAUGCACCGCCAGCUCGAGAAAUUGCUGCAGACACAUUUGACAGGUUUGCGCGCGACGGGGAAACUGGCCCACGGGAGCUCUUCAACUCCGCGAAUGGGAAAUACGAGCCCGUUCAAGAAGGCCGUCGGGGUUCAAUGAAGCCCGACAGGAAGCACUCCUUGCUACAACGCCACUCCGGCAGCGGUCCCGCUGAGCCAUCAGCAGCGUUUCAGACCCGCUCAAAUGUGCAGAGCGAGAGCCGCAGGCGAGGCUCCAGCUUCAGUCAAGGCAGUCUACCCCCUGCCAUCCGACGUAUGUCCAAGGCCUCCGAGACCUCUCCUGCUCUUUCCAGCGCAAUCAUCGAGCACGAAACGCGUGCAUCUCCCAAGGUCGCGAAAGGAGAGCCCGCACAGCCCGUGUUCGCUCAGCAGAGUGCUUGGCAACAGCAAAUGCCUACUAAGCCUACGGUUGAGAUGGAAGAUCCUGUCGCCGUGCAGGAGAGAGUGAUGCGUGAGAAGCGAGAGGAGGCGAAGCGACGGCGUGAAGACGAAGCGCGCGAGGAAGCGGAGAGGAAGGAGCGGCUGAAGGCCAAACUUGCCAGCCUUGAAGGCGCAGGCAAGUCGCGAAAAGAGCGCGAUGCGGAAGCUGCCGCGGCUGCUGCUGCAAGUGCGGCAACGACCGCCACGCCACCGCCUCCAGCUUCCAAGGAGACGGCUCAACUCGCCGCCCAAACGGUUGCAGCGGAGCCGCCACCUCCUGCCAAGCCGUCCGACACUACCACAACCGCGCUGGAUCCGUCGGUGAAUGAAGCGGCGCCUCCGAAGGAGCCUAGCCCGCAAGAGUCGCUGCCUGCUCCUAUACCUCCACCGCCAUCCGCCGCAGGCUUACCACCACGCCCUAUAUCAAACACAGCCCCGACCGCGCGACACCCGACCAACCCCGCGCAGUCACCGAAAGCUAGCUCGCGUGUGCCGUUCCAACAGACCAGUGCGGCCUUUGGUCAGACCUCGCCUUCAUACACGUCUCCCAGAGAUCGCAAGCCACAGUCAUUCGAGCGUUCGCCCUUGUCAAACAACAACGCUUUCUCACCGUGGCCUACUACAGCACUGAGCAGCGGCAGCGGCAGCGUAUGGGGAACUGCUGGAAUCGGGAACGGGACGUUUGAGAGCUCCAAUGUGUUUGCUCCAAUGUCGAACUCUCAACACAGCUCAACCCUGCCCCUUCCGCCUGGCAUGAACCGCGCCCCUGGGUCGAACAGGAUUCCACCACAAUCUCUUGGGACGGAGUCUCGCUCUCCCAGCGGACCUCAACAAUCGUUGCUGGAGUCCAACAUGACAUUCGCACCGCCGGGCUUGGAGGCUCGCCCAGAUGCAUUCGCCAAUCAGGCACGCGUGAACGGGACCUCUCCUGCCCCUGGUCUUGGUCGCCAAACGCAUCUUCCCGGCCCCAUUGCGCCGCCCUCGCGUGCAGCACAGCAGCAAACGCAGCAACAGUCUACACAGCGGCAAGGUGCGCUUGCGGCGUGGAAUAACGCCGCUCAGAUGCUGCCUUAUCAGUACAAGGCGGAUGCGGACUCGGCGGAGAGGAAAGCGCUGGAGUCGAGUACUGUCGCACCUCGGAAUGACACAUUCAAGGAGACGUUUAAGCAGACAAUCGUCGAUCCGAACAGACUUGGCGGGCCACGGCGUUACGAGAAGAUCGAAUACACCGUGCAUGAUGCCCAAGGGUCAAGGUCGGUGCCAUCGCUCAGCCCCGCGCCGCCGAAUGCCCAGACUCAACCAAUGAUAUCUCCCUCGGCGUCGAGUGCACAUCAACUGGCUGGAGAGAACACCGUCCGCCUGCCGGACGCUUCGUCCCAACUUCCUCAGGCACCAUUGUCCGCGAGAGCUCCACAUCUCCGCAAGCAAUAUGCUGCCCAAGCUGCCGCUGAAGAAGCUACCAGCCCGCUGCCGCCAAGUGCACAGAGCAAGGAGGAAUCACCACCACCGCCAGAAACUGCAUCACAUCCAGUACACGGUGGUGAUAUCGGGCAUCCGCUUGUGAAAAUGCCGCCACCGCAGCCGACAGUCAGAUUGCCACCAGCGGCGUCGCCUUCGACCUUGCCUCAGCAAAUGCAAGCCAUGCCACCUCCACGCCCAGUGAACAGCUUUGGAGUGCCAGGCACCGCGCGGCCGCUUGUGAUGCAAGAGGCAUGGCAAGCGCGUUUCAACGGCCUAUUCAAUCGAACGCACGUCCACACCGAGAUCCCGCCUUCGCCGCCAAAAACUCCCCCCAAGAUGCAGGGGCCGGCGCUCGCCGUGGCAUCAUCUAGUCGUACCGCCAUGGACGAAGCUCCGCGCUCCUCCAGCGCCACCGUCUCGCUUCCGCAAGCAAAGAUUGCGAUGCAUCAGCAGGGCUACCCGGCCAGCAUCCUCGCAGAUGCUACAUCGAAGCCGAUGAUUGAGCAGAUGUUCGGAGAAGAGUUGAGUUUCGGGUCGUCGCCAAAGGUUCGAGUUCCGAAGCAGACCGCCUAUGCCAUUGCAUCCGAGGGUCUGCCUGCGCAUACUAUGUUGGCAAAGCUGCCCAACGCCAAGCUCCCAACGAGCAUCGAAGCGCGUUCCGUGGCCGAAGUCAAUCUGCGCGACAUUCACCCGAAGCGCCACGAUGGUUACUUCAUCCAUCUCCCGCUUCUGAAGCUGGUGCGCAAGUUUGCACAGCAGCAACAGCAGCAGCGCCAGCUCUCGGGUAGCCGGAAGACGAGCGCCAACCACUCCUCUUAUCAAGAGAGGCGCGCAUCGGGAAAGUUCAAGGGCAAAGGCGAUGAGGGCACUGCAGCAACGGGCGAAUCGAGGAAGUCGAGUUUCCAGAAGACUACCACAUCGACUCCCAACUCUGGCUCGCCUGCACCGGGUACCCCGUCGACGCCGACUCAUGGAAGGCGAACUUCGUGGGCCAAGCCUUCGAAGGGAGGGCGUGGUGGGAGUGGAAGAGGCAGCACGCCGAUCAAGGCGAAUUGAUUGCAUUGCAUUGCGAGGGAUGAAGUCGGCAGAGUGGCAUUGAGUGUAUUGUAGUGUGUAGUAGUGCUGGGCGACGUCUUGGUGAUGUUGCCAAAUACCAAAGUUCAAGCGAAA